AUGGUCAAAGCUUCUGACGUCCUUUUGAUUCUGGUUGCUAUCAUCUUUCCGCCGGCUGCUGCUGCUUUUAUCACCGGCUGCAGCUGUGACUUGCUCAUCAACAUAUGUUUGACCAUCUUGGGAUAUUUCCCCGGACAUAUUCAUGCCUUUUGGCUCAUCUACAAGAAGAUGCAAGCUGAAGAGAAAUAUGGUUACGGGGGGUUCCAUUACACCGGCAACGGGCAUUACCAGGCUCUCAAUCAAGGUUUUGCUCCUCCUGUGAACUAUGGCACGGCAGGACCUUAG